AAGUGUGCAACUCCCACUUCUCAAACUUCAGAGUCGCCGCAAAUUACAAUUAGGGUUUCGUACGUUCUUCCCCCUUUCUGGCAACUCGCUCAAAUCCCACGGAGAAAUCAGGAGGAGUUUCAUAGAUUGAAGAAUCUCGGCGAACAAUGAAGAAAUUUCAUCAAAGAGAUGAACAUGAGACUGAUAGCUCUAAGGCGGCGGAGACGAAGAGGAGGAAGAACAUGAAGAGAUUAGGAGGCGGUGGUCUUUCUCUCCAAACUUUUGCUAACAUGAAAUCGAAUAAAAAUGGCUAUAACCCUGCUUUGAUCAAAAAGCAAAAAGAGUUCUAUAAGAAUGCAAAGUAUGUGAGCAAGUUUAGGAAGUCGAUGAAGCAGCAGAACGUUUAUGAUAAGAAUGAGAUUGGAGAGAGUAGUAAGGUAGAUGAUAAUGAUGGUGGUGAUGAUGAUGAUGAUGAUAAGCAGAAGGUUAAAUCUAAUAAGAGAAUCGGUUUAGAGGAUGUAUACAAACAGACGAAAGAAGAGAUGGAGAAAGCAAGGAUGGAGAGAGAGGCGAUGUUUCAGGCGAAGAAGGAAGCUAAAGAAGAGGCUGAAUCACGGAGGAAAGUAGCAAAGGGUAAAAUGAUGAGAAAGACUCGACAUGGUCAGCCUGUAAUGAAAUACAGAAUAGAGCAUCUUCUUGAUUCCAUCAAGAAAUCUGCUGGAAUUGAUGGAAGCGCAUGACUAGUGUAGGUAGAUACAGUGCAGAUGAACAACUCUUCCAGUUUUUGCAGUUGCUGGUGUUGUGGAAGCUCGAAGCACAAGCCUUAUUUUCAUCUCAGAUACUGACCUUUUAUUACUACUGGUGUUUGUCACUUAUAGAGAUGCUUUGAGGCAACAUUUGUAGUUUUUUUUGGCUAGGUCUUACUCUUUAGCUCAUGAAUUUUGCUGUUUGUUUACAAUCUUUAAUAAACUAUAAAUCUUAUAAACUGAGAACUUUUAUUCCAAACUUUAGUACAAACAGAAGGUUUUGUUUUAA